GCUUGGACGCUCCAUGCACGGUACGAUCCCUGACAGAGGUCACGCUGUGGUGGCCGAUCUCUAGCACCCCUUCGAGGGGUGGCGAUGGCAGGUGGCGUGACCCAGACGCGUCUGGAGUGUCGGUGACUCACUGACCUCGGCCCUGUGCCGUCGGUGACAGGGGGUUCGUCCAGCCGCGGUCGACCUGGCAGCCGCGGCCGCCGCGGCACCGCUGUCAGAGACCGUACAGGGGCGGUGGCCGCGGCGCCGGGCCUAGUCAGAGCGCGCGCAGGCGUGGAGGAGGGGUGUAGUCAUAACGCGCGUCCUGGAACGGUCGAUCGGCACGCCCCCAUCGCCGUAGAAUACGUCAGUGCGUCCUCGGGCGAGGUUUCUUCUCCAGCUGGUGACCUGCGUGGCUGGCCGACAUGUCACACUCGAUUACUGUGCAGAGGACGGUGACGACCACGCACCAUGAGGGCACCGCCUUUGUGGUCAACACGGGCGUCCUCACCACCGGCCCGGGAAUCCUCAAACUGCUACAGCUGGCCUGUGGCAUCAUCACUGUCGGCAUCAUGGGCCACCACAUGGCCAACUUCGUCAACAGCUACGAAUUCCGUGCUGAUAUGUUCUUCCUGCUGAUGGCAGUAUUUGCACUCAUCACCACCUUCUGCGUUGUGCUCUCCAUGUUCUUGAGCAUCGGUACAGCUUCCAUUCUACCCAGGACGUUCUUUGAGGUUGUCUACCAUUUCAUCGCAUUCCUGCUGCUCUGCGCCGCCUCUAUCACCUUGAUCGUGAAGCUGACGGACCACUCCGUCUAUCGCUACCGGGACAGGAACUACGAGCCCAAACUAGCUGCCGCGUCGAUCGGGCUGAUCAACUCUCUCCUCUAUUUGUGCACCUUCGUCAUGGCCCUGCGCUCCUGGCGGCUUCACUAAGCAUUGCCACCUGCCGGCGCUAGUCGGAACUACUGUCUGAGGUCCAUCACAGAGGGCGCAGCGGUCGCCAGAGAAGACCAGGCUCUCACGCUCGCUAGAAGUUCGGUUUGUUUGAGCUCGCGAGUAUGCGCCGAUGGACAUGCAUUUUUCAGUGUCGUCUCGUGUGUAUUCCGCUGGAGGACCUAACAGUGUCUUACAGCGAUAACUUAAAUGUGCUGUGCAGAUGACCUGCGAGCGCCCGAGCUGCGCACAAAUUCUGCAACUGGAACCGAAGCUUAUCUACUUAAUGCGCCUAGUUACAGUGUGCACUGUGCCUACUGAGCGAGUUAAAUCGCCUGACCGCUGUCCUGUCUACCGGGCUAAGGCCACAAGAGUGCUUGUACCGGUCGUCAUUUGCGCAUAACUGGUCAUGCUUACGUAACGUACAAUGCUCGGAAGAUCUAAAUCUAAUUUCUUCUCGAAUACCUCUUUCGUGCCUUGCAAUGACCAAAAUCCAUCCGUAAAGCCUAAGUGUCCAGCGCCAUGACUACCGCGUUGUACACUAUCUACUCAAUGUUGUGACCCAGCGUGUAAUGCACGAGGUUGAAAAACGCACCAGUGACCCAGAGAGGGCAGGCUCCUCACCGUUUCGUCUCGUUGCGCUGCUUCGUGCAUUCAGAGGAUGCAAAGUAACGGUUUAAGACCGAAGGGCUCUUGAAUUGGGGCUUUAGCCAAGCUUCAGCGUUCUGCCAGCAAUUGAUUCUCAUAUGCUAGCCUCGUGUGGUUUUGCGUGAUGUGCUCCUGCGCUGCUGAUCGAUUUACGCCAGUCGUCUGACUGGCAUGACGCUGUGUGACUAGAUGGUUCGCUAGUGAAUAGUGCGCAGCGUAUUGUGUACUAGAGCGCAGCGUAGUGUGUAGUGUUCCGCUGAGCUCGAUCGUCGCUGUAACCGCCACCACGCCAUACUGACAAAUACACAGAGGAAGCUGCCGUGAUGCUUGGCCA